CGCGGAAACAGAAGGAGCGGUUGGUGAGAGGUGCAGUCACCGGCGACCACAGCGCACGCAGAGCAUUCAGACCGCUUUCUGUGUACCGAUAUUGGGAGAUUUUCUGUUUUAAAUCGUGAAGUUGUCGGAUAAGAUACAUUUAUCGGGGACAAAGGGAUUUUUCUCCUGUUUGAGGCGAUCAUUCAGGAUUGAGAAUGGGGAGCAGGGAAGAGGAGCGGCGAAAACUCGCCGACAUUAUUAACCACUGGAACGCCAACCGGCUCGACCUGUUCGAGAUCAGUCAGCCAACUGAGGAGUUGGAGUUCCAUGGCGUGAUGCGCUUCUACUUCCAGGACCGCGUGGCCGGCAACUUUGCCACCAAGUGCAUCCGCGUGUCCAGCACGGCCACCACGCAGGACGUCAUCGAGACGCUCGCCGAGAAGUUCCGACCCGACAUGCGCAUGCUCUCCUCGCCACGCUACUCCCUCUACGAGGUGCACGUCAGCGGGGAAGAACGGAAGCUGGACCUGGACGAGAAGCCCCUGGUGGUGCAGCUCAACUGGAACAAGGACGACCGCGAGGGCCGCUUCGUACUCAAGAACGAGAACGACAUCGUCCCCAAGAAGACACAGAUCAAUGGGCCCGAGAGGGAGAAGGAAGGUGUGAUCCAGAACUUCAAGCGGACGCUGUCCAAGAAAGAGAAGAAGAAAGAGAAGAAGAAAGACAAGGAGGCCUUCGCUCGCAUCCCAGACGGAGAUGAAAGCGCACACAUUGGAGAGGACGGGGAGAACUCGCGUCUGGCGGUUGAGGUGUAUAAGGAGAUGCCGGAGACCAGCUUCACCAGGACCAUCUCCAACCCGGAGGUGGUGAUGAAGAGGCGGCGGCAGCAGAAGCUGGAGAAGAGGAUGCAGGAGUUCCGCAACAACGACGGACGGCCCGACUCAGGGGGGACACUGCGUAUCUACGCUGACAGUCUGAAGCCCAACAUCCCGUACAAGACCAUUCUGCUGUCCACCACCGACACGGCCGACUUUGCUGUGGCCGAGGCCCUGGAGAAAUACGGCCUGGAGAAGGAGAACCCCAGAGACUACUGCAUAGCACGGGUGGUCCAUUCUGAAGAUAAGCCGGUGAAGGAGACCAUCCUGGAUGACUCAGAGUGCCCACUGCAGAUCUUCAGGGACUGGACCAGCGAUAAAGAGGCCUUAGUAUUCCAGUUGAAGAAGAGACCCCCAGACCACAUCUCCAAGAAGGGACGCAAGCCAGACGACAGGCGCGGAUCCGUACCCCCCGAGAAAUUACCCUACCUGGUGGAGCUCAGUCCAGAUGGCUCUGACUCGCGGGACAAGCCUAAGAUGUACCGCCUCCAGCACAGCGUGACAGAGGUGGGCUCCGACUGCACAGACGACGGCUCCAUACAGUUGUUUGGUCCAGGCAUCCUGCCGCACCACUGCAACCUGCUCCACACGGACGGCCUGGUGACGGUGACGCCGGCGGUGGCGGAGGCCGAGACGCUGGUGGACGGCCAGCGCGUCCUGGACACCACGCUGCUGCGCACCGGCUCCACGCUGCAGUUCGGCCACGCCCACGUCUUCAAGUUUGUGGACCCCGCGCAGGACCACCUGGCCGCCAAGAGGGAGCCGGGGCCCAUGAUCAAGGGCCGACACAAAUCAGGGAGUGUCCCAGAGGCCUUCGACCCACACGGGGAGCUCCAUGCACUCCCCACCAGCAAGAGCUCAGGGAAGCUGGAGAUGGAGCGUGCGGGUAACGGCAGUGAAAGGGGCAUGGUCAAGCCCAUGAUCCGCGCUGAGCAGCAGGACUUCAACAAACACGACGGCAGGGCGCACGACGGCCUGGGACCCGAACUCACGCUGCCGGCCAGCAUAGAGUUCCGGGAGAACUCCGAGGAUGCCUUCCUGUCGGCCAUUAUAAACUACACCAACAGCUCCACGGUGCACUUCAAGCUGUCCCCCACCUACGUGCUCUACAUGACCUGCCGCUACGUCAUGUCCAGCCUCUACCGGCCCGACAUCAGCCCCUCGGAGCGCACGCACAAGGUCAUCGCCAUCGUCAACAAGAUGGUGAGCAUGAUGGAAGGAGUCAUCCAGGAGGUUGCUGAUGGUGAUCAGAAACAAAAGAACAUAGCGGGUGCUCUGGCCUUCUGGAUGGCCAACGCGUCUGAGCUGCUGAACUUCAUAAAGCAGGAUAAGGACCUGAGCCGUAUCACGCUGGACGCCCAGGACGUGCUGGCCCACCUGGUGCAGAUGGCCUUCAAGUACCUGGUCCACUGUUUGCAAUCUGAUUUGAAUAACUACAUGCCUGCUUUCCUGGACGACCCAGAGGAGCAGAAUCCACAGAGGCCUAAAAUAGAGGACGUGCUGCACACGCUGACGGGCGCCAUGUCCCUGCUGCGGCGUUGCCGGGUCAACGCGGCGCUCACCAUCCAGCUCUUCUCGCAGCUCUUCCACUUCAUCAACAUGUGGCUCUUCAACCGGCUGGUGACGGAGGCCGACUCGGGCCUGUGCUCGCACUACUGGGGCGCCAUCCUGCGCCAGCAGCUCAGCCACAUCGAGGCCUGGGCCGAGAAGCAGGGCCUGGAGCUGGCCGCCGACUGCCACCUCAGCCGCAUCGUGCAGGCCACCACCCUGCUGACGAUGGACAAGUACUCCAUGCAGGACGUGCAGAACAUUAACAACACAUGCUUCAAGCUCAACUCCCUGCAGCUCAACGCCCUGCUCAGCAACUACCACUGUGCCCCAGACGAGCCUUACAUCCCACCCGAGCUAAUCGACCAUGUGGUGGCGGUGGCGGAGAACACGGCGGACGAGUUGGCGCGUAGCGACGGGCGCGAGGUGCAGCUGGAGGAGGACCCUGACCUGCAGCUGCCCUUCCUGCUGCCCGAGGACGGCUACUCCUGCGACGUGGUGCGCAACAUCCCCAACGGCUUCCAGGAGUUCCUGGACCCCCUCUGCCAGAGAGGCUUCUGUCGUCUGACGCCCCAUCCGCGCUCGCCAGGCACCUGGACCGUGUACUUCGAGGGAGCCGACUGCGAGAGCCAUUUCUCGGCAGAUAACUCGGAUAUCCCAAUGCGGAAGGAUCCGGAAAUCGUGACCGUUACGCUCAAGAAGCACAAUGGAAUGGGCCUUAGCAUCGUGGCAGCCAAGGGUGCUGGCCAGGACAAGCUGGGCAUCUACAUCAAGUCUGUGGUCAAAGGCGGCGCGGCAGACAUGGAUGGUCGUCUGGCGGCGGGAGACCAGCUCCUGAGUGUGGACGGCCGCAGUUUGGUGGGCCUCUCCCAGGAAAGGGCGGCGGAGCUGAUGACGCGCACGGGUUCAGUGGUCACCCUGGAGGUGGCCAAGCAGGGAGCCAUCUACCACGGCCUGGCAACGCUCCUCAACCAGCCCUCGCCCAACAUCCCCCGAGCGAACGACCGCUCGCGGGACAAGGGCAAGUUGCGACCAAAGAGCGAGGGCUUUGAGCUCUACAAUAACACGGUGCCCAACGGCUCCGGCGAGAGCCCUCAGGGGGCCUGGGACAACUACCCCGAACCAAAGAAGAUGGGCACGGAGGAGAGGCUACUCAAGAACCGGGCCGACCACAGGUCCAGCCCCAACGUGGCCAAUCAAGCCCAGAGUCCUGGAGGGAAGCCGGUAUACACUGGAGCCCCUGGGAAAAUCACCUCCGUCUCCACGGGCAACUUGUGUGCUGACGAGGAGCCCUCUCCGCCGCGCCCCGAGGCCUACCCCAUCCCUACGCAGACGUACCCCAGGGAGUACUUCACCUUCCCAGCUUCCAAGUCCACAGACCGGGUGGUGCCUUCGCCCAACCAGGCCUGGCAGAACAGCGAGGACAGACCCCCCAUGGAUGUCCAUCACAACAACAACAACAUGUCCAUGCAGAGAGUGGCUCACUCCCAGGAGGACCUGUGCGACGUGCCGGGGGGCUACAUGCAGCAGCCGUCUCCCCGCGAGCUGGACUACCAGCAGCAGCAGCAGCAGCAGCAGCACCCGGCCCACAUGCACCCGGCCCACCUGCAGCAGCACCAGCGCAGCGGCAGCGGCGAGCACUGGAACCAGCAGGUCUCCUCCUCGCUGGAGUCCAGCACCUCCAGCCAGGAGCACCUCAACCUCAACUACGCCAACGCCUCCGUCAGCACCAACAGCCUCAACAAGGCGCCCAACAACAGCAACAGCGUCGCCCACAAGAGCGGGCCGGGCCGCUGGAAGACCCCCGGGCCCCCGGGACAGGCGCAGCCCACGGGUCCGCCGCCGCCGCAGCAGCAGCAGUCCCAGGGCGGCGGUCCCCCGGGCCCUCACUCCGGCCAGCCCACGCGCAGCGACCUGCCCCCUCCUCCGCCACCCCCGCCGGCCCACUACGAGUACGAGCCCCAGCCCGAGCUCCCGCUGCCCCCUCCGCCUGUGUCCCAGCAGCAGCAGCAGCAGCAGGCGGCGGCGGCGGCAGCAGCGGCCGACCGCAAGAAGCGCGAGGAGCAGCAGCGCUGGUACGAGAAGGAGAAGGCCCGUCUGGAGGAGGAGCGCGAGAGGAAGAGGCGGGAGCAGGAGAGGAAGAGGGACCAGAUGCGCGGAGGCCCGCCCCCACAGCAGCAACAGCCCCCCGUCCACAACCAGCACGGAGGCAGCGGCACCCUGCCGCCCAUGGGACACCCCCACCACCCCCAGCACAUGGCCCCACCCGGCGGGCCCCCCAUGCAGAUGCCUCCUCCCCAGCACCAGCACCAGCAGCAGCCCUACAUGGCUCCCCCACAGCCCCACCAGCCCAUGCCAGCAGCAGCAGCAGCAGCAGCACCGGCACCCCUGCCCAGCCGGCCUGAGAAGCUCUCCAGCCUGCCUCGCGGGAUGUCGGGCCCCACGGGUGGUGCCCCCGCCCCAGCGCCCCCUCCUCCCGGCGGCGUGGGAGGCGGCGCUGGGGGCGGGGACACGGUGAUCCGCGAGCUCCUGCCGCAGCAGCAGCCGCGGACCAUCGAGCGGCGCGACCUGCAGUACAUCACCAUCAGCAAGGAGGAGCUGGCCGCCGCCGUGGCCAGCGACUCGCUCUCGCCCGACCCGUGGAAGCGCGACGCCCGCGAGAAGCUGGAGAAGCAGCAGCAGCUGCAGAUCGUGGACCUGCUGGACCGGGAGAUCCAGGAGCUGCAGGCCAAGGCCGAGCGCAGCGCCGAGGAGAGCGACCGGCUGCGGAAGCUCAUGCUGGAGUGGCAGUUCCAGAAGCGGCUGCAGGAGUCCAAGCAGAGCGACGACGAGGACGACGACGACGAGGACGAAGAUGUGGACACCACGCUCAUCAUGCAGAGGCUGGAGGCCGAGAAGAGAGCACGGCUGCAGGAUGAGGAGCGGCGGAGGAAGCAGCAGCUGGAGGAGAUCCGCAAGCGGGAGGCGGAGGACCGAGCCAAGCAGGAAGAAGAGAGGCGCUGGCGGGAGGAGGAGAGGAACCGGCGAGAGGCCGAGGAGAAGAGGAGACAGGAGGAGGAGUACUAUACACGCCUGGAGGCGGAGAGGCGCCGGCAGCACGAAGAGGCCGAGCGCAAGCUGCUGAGCCCCGAGGAGCCUGGUCUGUACAGGCCGCCCCUUCCCAAGGACUACCAGCCCCCCCCUCCCGCCUCCCCCUCCUCUGCCAACACUAACCACAGCAGCAGCAACAACAGCAGCAGUGCUCCACCGCCCCCGCCCCAGAGAAACACCUCUUACCUCAAAACCCAGGUCGCCUCCCCCGACACCCUGUACACUGCCAAGUUUGUCUCGUACAAUGACGAGGAGGAGGAGGAGGAGGAGGAGGUGAACGCUGGCAGCGGCCCAGCAGGUCAGGUUACUACUACUACCGCUAAGCUCUCGGCCACCCGGAAGUCCUAUGGUGACCUCCCGCCGGCCGAGCAUAAGCCACAGCCGCCGCCCCUCGCGCGAAAGCCCCGGCCCAUGUCGGACGGGAUCUUCCUGUCCAGUCAGUUCCACCUGCCUGCCGACAAUGCCAACAGUACUAGCGGCCGGGCAGGCCACGGGCCUCCAGCCCCGGCCACCAAACCCGCCUUCAUUCCGCUGGCAAAUUCGAAAGGAUAUAAUUCGUACACUGGAAACUCAACAGGGCUUGUAGGAUCAGGGGAAGUUUACAAGGAAAAGUGGACAAAAAGUGCCCCCGAUCAGAACAACGAGAUCUCAGGCGCACCACCGGAGAGCCUGACGUUUAAGGAGCGCCAGCGUCUCUUCUCCCAGGGCAAGGAGGUGUCCAACAAGGUGAAGGCCUCGCGGAAACUCAUGGAGCUGGAGAACGAACUCAACACAAAGUAGUCUGGAGCCUUAGCCUUGGGGGAGAGGAGGCUGGGAGACCUGAGACGCAAACCCAAGACCCUCUCCUCCUCCUCCUCCUCCUCCUAAAAUCCGUUUGUAUUUUUUAUUUUUUUUUUCUGUUUUGUUUUGAGAGAGUAACUGGACCAUUAAAUACUAUUUAGAUACGUCAUUGCAAUAAGAGAGACAAUACUGCGUAAUUUUCCCUCGAAAGGAUUCAAAGUUAAUAUUGAAAAAAAAAGCACUGUAAAAUGUUUUAAUUAUAUUAAGAAAUUUUCAAUCACGUGAAGGGGGUUAUAUUUUGUUUGUCAUGAAAUUUCUUCGGGGGGGAAAGAUGCAUAUUUUCUCAUUUUAAUGUUUCAUUUUUUUAAUUAGUAUUGAGUAAGGUGGGAUAUUUUAUGGUGUUUUAUGCUCUUCUCUGCAUUGCAAAUUUCCCACUUAUUUUUAUGUUUUCCAUGAAAAUAAGUUCCUGAAAUAGACCAACACUAUUACUGUCAUCUACAUUGCCCAGUACUCUGAGCGAAGCUUUUUUUAUAGGGGAAGGGGGGUAAGGAGACUGGUAUUAUCCACUACCCAUUCCAUUUCAGCACAGAGGGCGUUAACCGUCAAUCGUCCCUCUGAGCGUUCCGACUGUCUACUUCACCUCACAGCACUGUAAAACCGGUUUCCAUGCGUCUUUGUGUAGGCUAAAACAGGGAGUUCCCUUGAACACUUACAUCCAAGAAAACGGAAGUACUUGUACAACAAACCUCUCAAUGCCACCGUGCAGUCUGUAUUCUUUGGGUAAGAGAAACUAAGCGACAUUCCUGCUUCAACUUGCAGACCGGCAACAUGCAUCAUUGUGUUUGUGCUUCAAUGUCUACCAUUUUUGUAGCCUCUAUUUAAUCCUUUUACAUAAGGAUUGAUGGUUUCAGUCGUCUUUUUCUCCUCCUGACCCCCUCAGUGGUUUCUCGUUUGACUUUGCAACAUUUAUUUGAUUUGAAUGGAUAUUUGCAUAGGGUGAGUGACUGGUGUGAUCAGACUGGCUUAAAACUGCAAUAUGACAAUGGUGAGAAAAGUCUGGGGGAAAUGGUUUUCAAAUUUAAGUCACAAAACACUAAACGUAGGAAUGUAACAUUUACUUAGAUAAUAUUUAUUUGAUAGUAAUGAUUUUUUUGCGUAUUUAUAACAAAAAAAUCCGUUUUAAUUCAAACGUGGAAUUGGAAACCUAUUUUCAAUUGUUGUGACCCACCCACACCCCUUUCAAUUUUUAUUCUUUAUUUUUUUAUUAUUAUUAUUUUCUUGGUCAGACCAUGCUUACAGCAUAUGGAAGGAUUUUGUUAUUGUCAUAGACCAAUCAAACCACUGCAUUGGACACAAACAACUGGUGGAAUUUGGGGGGGAAGGGGAACAGUAUCCGAUAGACACCUGCAUCUCUGCUCACAAAUGUCUAGACUUACUGAACAUGUUGUGUAAAUAAUUUAAGAGAUCAAAAACCUGACUUUACUUUGUACAUUAUAAUUAAUUAUCUAUAAUGUUCUAGUGUCAAUACCCUCUUUUUUUGCUCAGAUGAUGUAAACUGACAUGUACACAUGAUUUUUUUUUUUUCCAUUCUAGGUUACCGGUUUAUUUGGUUUCAUUUUAUCGGUUGUUUCAUGUUAGGCUUUUGUAAAUCAAAUAAAUACAGAUUUUACAAAAAA